CUCGCAUCGCAGUAUCUCCAUCAUCCACCGUCCAUUUCAGCUCCCUUCUCAGUUCGGACCUCCCCUGUAAUCAAUCAUCUUGCAUCGAUCACAAAAAAUCUCUCCUUUUUCCCUCCUCCAGCUAUAGAUCACCUCGCCGCCGGCGUUAACUUGCACCACCCUUCUACGAAAAUGAGCUUGUCAAUCGCUGUAGUCGCCAUAGCAGGAAUUCUCUGGACUGCCACAUUUUUCUUCAGCUACUCUGUUUUCGUCUUCAAAUGCUGCCUCAAGUGGCGUUCCCCCAACUUCCUCAUCCGUACCUCACCGGGUUCCAACACCGCCGAGCCCACCGGUCUCGACUCAGCAGCCAUCCGCUCCAUUCCCACCUUCUGCUACUCUUCCAAUCGAUCCUAUGCCGCCACGGAAUGCGCAGUGUGCUUAUCAGAUUUCCGCCCCGGCGAGCACCUCCGCCUCCUACCACAGUGCAGUCACGCCUUCCACAUCGACUGCAUCGACGCGUGGCUCCAGACUAAAACCAGCUGCCCUCUAUGCCGAUCUCGCAUCACGAAUCCGUUUCCUCCUCGUACGGUGGAGGAUCACCGCAUCAUUCCUAAUCAAAGCGUGAUUAUUGAGGUGAGCGAGGAGGAGAUAAGGAAUCAGAGGAGGAGGUUAGGGCAGGUGGCGAGUAUGGGAGAUGAGUGCAUUGAGGUUAGAAGAGAGAAAGAUGAGGUUUUUGCGGUUCUGCCGUUGAGAAGGUCGUUCUCUUUGGAUUCGUCCUGUGAUCCCCAGCUCUGUGUUUCGGUUCAGGAAACUCUUCGCCGGAAUCUGGAUAUGAUUCGUGGACAAGGCAGUAGUGAUGGCGGCGCCGGCGGCGGAGGAGGAGGUGGAAGUGGAAGAAUACGGCAGUCAUUCUUUCCGUUCGGUGGCCGGAGCUGGAGGAGUGCCGUAUUGCCGGUGAAUAUUGAUGCUUUAUGAAGUUGAGAGAAAGAGGGGAAAUUCAGGCCGGUUUGGCCCCUCAUCUUCUGGAGUAAAAAUACUUUUUUCUACAUUUUUGAUGAGAGAUUUUUAUAUUAAAUUCACUAACUAUAGACAUUCAAUUAAAGAUCAUAAGAUUGACCUUCUCUAUGAGCUGAAGACUAUGAUUAUUCAUCUCCUAAGACUGCAACUCUCUUAUAAGGAAUUUGAAGCAUUUCACUGUUGAAGAUAAAGGUGACAAUUUUAGA